AUGGCGUUCUCAAAUCGCCGACAAUUAUCCAGCUCGCCAAUGCUGUCCCUAAUUGUGCUUCCCUUCCUUAUCUUCCUCUUCAGCUUUGCUGGACCAGUCUCCGCCGCCGGAUCGGCCGUCCUGGGAGUCGAUGUCGGCACAGAAUAUCUCAAGGCCGCGCUAGUAAAACCCGGUAUUCCACUCGAGAUCGUCCUCACCAAGGACUCGAAGCGCAAGGAGUCCGCUGCGAUUGCAUUCAAGCCUACACGCGAGAGCGAUGCGCCUUUCCCCGAACGAUUCUACGGCGGUAAUGCGCUUGCCCUCACCGCUCGCUACCCGGACGACGUUUACAUCAACUUGAAGACACUUUUGGGUGUACAGUUCAAUGACGGCGCUGAUGAGACUGUUAAGAGCUAUUGGAACCGAUUCCCCGCUUUGAGAUUGGAGACUGCCCCCGAUGGCCGAGGAUCCGUUGCUCUCCGCAGCAACCGGUUGGGAGAGGCGCAAAAGAAGGAGGCUUUCUUGGUCGAAGAAAUUCUGGCCAUGCAGCUGAAGCAGAUCAAGGCCAAUGCUGAUGUGUUGGCUGGUAAGGGCUCUGACAUCCGCGAUGUCGUCAUUACCUACCCAGCUUUCUACACCGCGGAGGAAAAGCGCAGUCUUGAGUUGGCUGCUGAGCUGGCAGGUCUGAAGAUUCAGGCUCUUGUCAGUGAUGCGCUGGCUGUUGGCCUGAACUACGCCACUAGCCGUACCUUCCCUAGCGUCUCCGAUGGCGAGAACCCCGAAUACCACAUUGUGUACGACAUGGGCGCUGGAUCGACCACCGCUAGUGUUUUGCGAUUCCAGAGCCGCAAGGUUAAGGAUGUUGGCAAGCUGAACAAGACUGUUCAGGAGGUUCACGUCGUUGGAUCUGGUUGGGACAAGUCUCUGGGAGGUGACUCCUUGAACGAUGUCAUUGUGAACGAUAUGGUCAUCAAGUUGGCUGAAGAGAAGAAACUCAAGGACAAGGUCACCCCUGCGGAGAUCAAGGCACAUGGAAAGACCAUGGCGCGACUCUGGAAGGAUGCCGAGAAGCUCCGACAGGUCCUGAGUGCCAACACUGAAACUUCGACCAGCUUCGAAGGACUCUACGAUGAGAAUGUCAACUUCAAGUACAAGCUUAGCCGUGCCAACUUCGAGAAGAUGGCGAUUGACUACGUCACCCGCAUUGGAACGCCCGUUGAGCAAGCUCUUGCAGCUGCCGGUCUUCAGUUGAAUGAUGUUGAAUCUGUUAUCCUCCACGGUGGAGCCAUCCGUACUCCAUUUGUCCAAAAGCAACUCGAGAACUUUGUUGGAUCUUCCAAGAAGCUUCGCACCAAUGUCAACGCCGACGAGUCGGCUGUUUUCGGUGCUGCUUUCAAGGGAGCUGCCCUCAGCCCUAGCUUCCGUGUCAAGGAUAUUCGCGCUGCGGAUGCUGCUUCUUACCCGGUCUCCUUGAAAUGGAACUCGGAUGGUAAGCAGAGAAACCAGAAGCUCUUCACCGCCACUUCUCAGGUCGGACCCGAGAAGCAAGUCACUGUGAAGAACCUUGAAGAUUUCGAAUUCAGCUUCGCUCAACUCAUUGGUGAGGCCGUAGAGCAGCCCAUUCUCAGCGUCCAGACCCAGAACUUGACUGCGUCUGUCGCUAAGCUGAAGGAGUCUUUCGGCUGUACCAAUGCUAACAUCACUACCAAAUUCGCAAUCCGCCUCAGUCCCGUGGAUGGUCUGCCCGAGGUUGUGUCUGGCACUGUUAGCUGUGAGGUUGAGUCUGAGAAGAAGGGAAUUGUCGAGGACGUCAAGGGCUUCUUCGGCCUCGGCAAGAAGGAGGAACAGGAGGCCCUCGGCGAAGACGGCGAGCCUCGUGAAUCGAUCACCCUCGAGCCCGAGACCGAGUCAUCUACUACCACUUUCGCUAGCUCCAAGACUACCAGCACCUCUACCAAGGACGUCAAGCCAACUCCCUCCAUCAAAUUGGAGGUUAUUCCCAUUAGCCUGAAGUCGGUGGCUCUUGGAACCCCGGCUCCAUCGUCUGAAGAGCUCCUCCGUAUCAACAACCGUCUUUUCGCUUUCGAUACCUCAGACCGCGAGCGCAUCCUGCGCGAAGAGUCUCUCAACGAGUUGGAAUCUUUCAUCUACCGCAGCCGUGAUCUCACCGACAAUGAGGAGUUCGCCAAAGCAGUCAAGCCGGAUCAGCUGACUGCUCUCACCGAGCGAGUUUCCAAGGCUAGCGACUGGCUUUACGAGGAGAGCGACAACGCCAAGACAGCCGAUUUCCAGUCGCAGCUCAAGAGCCUCAAGGAGAUCGUCAACCCCGCACUGAAGCGCAUGAAGGAGAGCUCGUCUCGACCCGCUCGUGUCAAGUUGCUCCAGGACAUGCUGAAGAACGCAGAGUCCAUGAAGGACUUGAUUAAGAACCAGAUCGAAAACGACGAGCAACUUUAUUCCUCCGCCCUCUCUGCCUCCGCCACAUCCACCGAGUCCGAGGUCCCAACCGAGACCACGACUCCCGAAGAAGGCCUCGAUGAUCUCGAAGAGGAUGCCUACUCCAGCUCCUCUACGACCUCAACCAAGAGCGCCGCAGCCCCCAAGCCUACCGGCCCCAAGUACUCUCUCUUCACGCCCUCCGACCUGACCGCCAUCACCCAGGCAUUCGAGUCCACCGGCCCCUGGCUGGAGACCCAGCUCAGCCUCCAAGAGAAGCUGACCGAGUCCGAUGACCCCGCUCUGACCGUUGUGGAAGUCGACUCUCGACUCCGCGAAUUCGAGCGCAUCCUCAACCGCAUGUAUGAGCGGAUGACUGCUGCUGCUGGACAGAAGAAGAGCAGCAGUGGCAAGAAGAGCUCGAAGGACAAGAAGUCCGACGAGAAGAAAAAGACUAAGGAGCAGAAGAAGGAGGAGAAGGAAGACCUUCCUAAAGACGAGUUGUAA